AUGUCUACUGAUGAUGUCACCGAUGAAAGAAUGGUGGAGGAUUAUAUGGGUGACACCAUACAAGCAGGCAUGUCAGACAUGGCAUAUGGCUUUGACACUAGAAAGCAUAUGGAAACAUAUUUUUCUAACAAAGAAGAAAUGAUCUUUGCAGAUGAUUCCAUUAAAUUUCCAAUGGAGAGUUUACACCAUGCUUUCAAUGCGGGUUACAUAAAGGGCGACCGUUUGAUUGACAUCAGUAACGGAGCCUUCAUUCAUCAUAUCUAUUCAGCGAGUCGAUAUUUCAAACAGAUCUGCGUGCUGCGGGGUGCUGAGAAAUGCAUCAUGGAGCUGAAUAGAUGGAUUAACAAGUGUACAGGAGAGUUUGAUUGGUCUCACAUAUUUGAAUUUAUUAAAGACCUAGAAGAAAACAGUGACCUGCAUCAGGGCAAAGACAUAACACUGAAGUCAGCAAUUGCAGAAAUCAAGAAAUGUGACUUUGAAAAAGAAAAUCUGAUAGAUCCAGAGGUGCUUCCACCAGCAGACUGUGUGAUCACUGCGUGGCUGCUGGAACUCAUCAGCAAAGACAAAGAUGAAUAUAGAAAGAAUUUCAGGAAAUUUGUUAAGCUACUGAAACCUAAAGGAAACCUGAUAAUACUUGGGCUCCUGAAUACACCUUAUAUGAUGGUCGGGCAGAACAAGUUACAUGUGUUCAAAUAUGAUGAGAACUUUGUCAGACAAGUUCUCACUGAGGAGGGGUUUAUUAUUGAUCACUGGGCAUCCCAGAAAAGAUGUCCAGUGAGUGACCUUAUUGAUACAGAUAACAUUAUCCUUGACCGAGAGGGAAUUAUCCAAGAGGUUCAUCUCUGCAGCAUGAGAAGAGUGGCAGAAAUUAAAUAUUCAGCUGUUCUGGAUUUGAGCAGUGCUGGUAUGCAUACAGAUCUUCUAGAAAGUUUAAAAGUCACUGAGAUUGCACAGUACUGUUUCAUAUUUACAAUGGGAGAGUGA